AACAUCUCAGGUUCCGAGUCUCACUGUGGCUAAUAGGAAAUCCAGCGUACACAACUGACGUGCUCUUGACAACGACGUCCAUGUUGGUUCUAGUUUGGGUGUUAAUUGUUGGACAUAGUUCGCUAAUUGAUAAUUCUUCACCAUUCUUGACUUGGUCGUACGCAACCACCCAUAGAAUAUCUUGGCAUAUUCAGGUUGUAGAGUCUGCGCCGUAUCCGAGUUUGCCCAAGGCCUGGUGCCUGGUCUCGAACGCAUGCCCGAGUGCCAACCUUGUUGGGUACCUACAAUCGGGGUCAGAAGAUUUCCUCCUGAUUCGGCAGAGGAUAAGCGUCCGGAAUGGUGGCACUAUUCAAUGGACGAAGGUCCACCGCCAUUCUUCCUUUUCUGACGCCGUUGACGACACGCCAGGUGACGAACACCGGACAUCCGAAUGGCGUGGGGCGCAACAUCCAGUCCAGUUUGCCGUCCCUGUGCAUGCCAUCACAGGUCUCGUCGACGAUAUCGCGGUCUUCGAUUCCAAGGGGGUACACAUGCCCACUGACCUUUUGUUUGUGCCAGUUAUCGAUGAGAUUGAUCCGCAUGUGUUCGUCCUCGCUCAUCUUGACCACGCCGCAGCUGUUCCAACAACGGCUCUCUUCGACGAUGGUUCGGAGGCAGUUCAUGAGCCACAUAUUUGUCGUCGCUAUCUGGCAACCAUUUGACGUCGCAAUGGUUGGUACGUCGUCUGGCUGCUGCAGUCAAAUAGCCCAUCACUUUUUUUCGGACUUUUGUGUGGAGAAUUGUAUGGGAAGGGCUGAAUAUUAAGUUGAAGCCAAUGCAGUCACC